AUGGAAAAGGAUGGCCCAACGUGGCGAUACGUCAUAGUAAACAGCCCCAGGCUUUACAAUCUAUCUCCGACCUUCAUAAUGAAGAAAAUAGUCUAUAGACUCAAAGAUGACUCAGAAAAGAUGGAAUACUCCGUUGUAUCGGUGAAUUUCGACAUACAAAGUAUGCCGUUGUUCCAGAAUGAUGUCUUAAUUAAAGUACAUGCAUGUGGCUUAUCAUCUGCUAUCAAAGAUUAUCAGCUAACAUUGAGUUUGCUCCGCUUGUUUGCAAUAAACUAUUUAGCUCAUUCUUCUGUGACAAGAUUUUUCCUUGGUGAUCAGGUUGUUGGGUUUAUUCCAUUAGACUCGACAUAUUCUGGCUGUGGUCAAUAUUGCGUUAUUUCUGCGUAUAAUAUAGUUUCGGUUAUAGAACUUGGCAAUGUGAAUAAUGCGAGCUUGAUAUCGGCCUGUUUAGAAUUGACGGGAGGAUUAGGAGUCGAUGUCAUCGUGGACAACGGAGUUUAUAACAAUUGCCUGACCUCUGUUGCCCAUGAAAAAGUACGAAUGGCAGUCGAUCAGAACGUUACCAGUAAUGCAGCGUCUAUGGCUACGGAUGCAUACAAUAAAUAUAGACCUUAUGUUCAUGAUAUCAUUUCAUGCCUUGCUAUUGGCGGCAGCUGGAUAACAUCGCAGGCUGACUUACAGAUUGAUCCUCCCGAUACGGAAAUAUUGUAUAUGAAAGGUGCAUCAGUUGGCUUUAUCUUUGAACAUGCCUGGACAUUAUCGUCAAGUAAACAAGGCUGUUUUUUGCGUAUCCUUUCAUAA